CGGAGGAAAGAGCUGAGCUUCAUACGAAUGUCUGCAGUCUGGUGACGAACAUUAGUCGUAUAAACUACUGCAGAUAGCAUCUCUGAUUUCAGCUCCAGAGCAGAUAUGUCUGUCAUCACCAUUGUGGCACUCCUGGUUUUCCUGACUAUCCCUGAAGGUAUCAGCCUUGGGGAUCAAGGAAUAACUCUGCGAUGUCAGUGCAUCACCACGGAGAAAAGACCCAUUGGACGUUACAUAGGACGGGUGGAGGUGAACCCUGCCAGCUCCCACUGCAACAACAUUGAGAUAAUUGCCACUCUUAAAAGGGAUGGGCAAAAGAUUUGUCUGGACCCUAAUGCCCGUUGGGUCAAAAAAGUGCUUGAGAGGAGACUGGUUGAGAAAAGAGGAGGAUGUUUAUUAAAGAGGAUCAUUACCACUGAACUUUCCAGGAAGCUGGCAGGCACCUUAAAGAACAAACCAUCACAGAUUUGGCUCAGAAGGAAAGAAGAACCUUUGAGAGACACAUUUUCAUCACCACUGAUUCAAAGUUCAAAGUGGAGGCACGGAUUGCACUGAAGAGGACGUUUUGCUUUUUAAUUUCCUGAGUGCUGGCGAGACGGGACAGCAUGGAGACACAAACCUAUAUUCUGAACUACAUGUACAGUAUGUCUGUUUAAGAUGUCUUUUUGGAAGUAAUCAAAAUACUUGUAUUUCAAAUGUGCAGCACAGCAUAUGUUAAGAACUGAAAAAAAAACAGCUUGGAGGUUAAAUGAACACUAAAAUAAUCAAGUCAAGUGUUUGCUUUUCUUCAAAAACAUAACGCACAUUUUCAUCUAAAAUACUAAGACAAUGAUUGUGACAUUACUUCGAAACCAGAAAUCUGUGAACGUCUGUCUCAGUCCAGAUUAUUUCUUAUCAUUUCAGUGUAGGUUCUUGUUAGUCAGUGGUGUAGAGGGAGGAUAAAGCAACAUGGUUUAAAUCCAUGAUUUUAUCAGAAUGCUGAAUUUAUUGUGGCUGUGUAGAACAAGUAGUGAUAAAAAAGAACACUGCUGAAAGAUAUAAAACAAUAUAUGCGUUAAAUACAUAGCAUCACAUUUUUCUUUCUUUAAAUCUUUAAAUGUAAUUCUGUAGGCUACACAAAAUAUACAAAAAUACAAUUAGGCUCUUUUGUGUAGACCAAGUCAAUGGUGAAAUUAAUGUGUAAAUGGCAACCAAACACAAUAUGUUUCAUUUGAUAUUGCCUGUAACAUCGAAUGUGACGUUUUCUGAUUGGACUCCACAAUAAUUUCACCCAGAGGUCCAACAUGACCUCUCAUUUUGUCUUUCAUAAUGCAAAACAACUCACCAAGUUCUGUGUUCAGAGAGCACAUUUUAACAAAUGUCUACCUGGAAGAGCUCUAUCCCACCACACGCUGCUCUGUCCCUUCACAUUUUCUAUGUCCCGCGUCCUAGAGACAAAACCUGAUCAGUUUUCGGGAGGUGUUUCUGCUGUUUGAUGAUGGAGAAACCACAAUAAAAUGCCAUGAAAAUACAAUUUGAAAAAAUUCCAAACAGUGUUUCUCGUCUUGUGUCACAUACCCGCAGGGACAGAUUAAAUUCUCUGUGGAAGGACAUCGCCACCUUUUGGCAAAGGUGCACAUCAUCAGGACAAGAGUCAUUUAUGGUGGCUGGAGUGCACUCCUUCACUGGCAGCUGACAUUGCUCAUUUUAGUGCAACAUUAGCCCAAAGUUAAACGGUCUUCCAAUGAAUCAUUUUGAAGAAAAACAUCUGACUACAGUACAGCUGUGUCUAACCACCAAAAGCGACUGAGACAAGAGCCAACAACAACAUGAUACUACUGUUCCUGGCUCAGCUAUUAGCAACACAAUCUCAAACUCCAUCAAAACUUCUGCCAAAGUACAUGUAGAGAUCCCCUGUUGUUACUGCAAUGCUGUUUAUUUUGAAGAAGCUGAAUUUGACCAUUCAAUAUCAAUGAGAGAAUUAGACAUAAUUAGAUUAGAUUAGACUUUAUUGAUCCCACAAUGGAGAAAUUCACUCAUACAGAAGCUCUUCAGAACACACGGGGGACUGCCCCGUUACCACUGAUGCCAUGCUCUGAGCUUCAAUGUGUUCUUUCUAUCCACAGAAAAGCUCAUUUUAGAAACUUGCUACAUAAAAACUAGUGCACACUUGCCUUAACUUCUUUAACUAUGCCAGAGCACCAGCAUGCACAUCUUUAUAAAUUCAUAUGUGUGGCCGAGCACUGUCAAAACCCACAGAACUUCACUGUGGAAGUGGAAAAGAUACUAAAUAAGUAGGCAGGUUAUUUCAAAUCCACCACCUUCGCCUGCAGCCAUGGGAUAUUACCUCCAGCAAAUUCAUCUACCUGUAAGGGAGAGAAAAGGUAAGGGAGCUGGUUAGGAUUGAACCAUUAGAAAUAAAAUCUAUUUAAGCAACUUUUGCAAAGAACAGAAAUAAAUAGUGACACUGAUAAGGAAAAACCAGUCCCAUUAUAGAAUGGAAGUUAGAUGAAAGGGGAAAUAAAUUGUCCUGAAAUUCUAGUUGGCGUUAAGAGAGGAAAAUAUAAAAAAUAGUUUUGAAAACCAGAAGGCAAAGCACCUGGCAUGUCACAACAUCAGCCAGUUCUUAAUCCCAUGGCUGCCUCUCUCCAGCCACUCCCACCUGUUCUGCAGUAACUCCAGCGUUCCCACCAUUCACCGCCACUUUAUUCACACGCCCACUCACACUUUUAUUCUC